GUUCACAUCACGGGCCAUAGACCAGUGUCCCGCAGAUCAGCAUAAUCGAAUCCGCCCAAUGUUGCUCUCAAUCGGCUCACGGCCUUUUGCCCCAUUGAACCGCGCGCAUGUUUUUUUGUGACGUGAUCACAUCAGUCGUCUAUAGGUCCGUCGAAGAAAGUUUCUGGUUAGAAAUGUGGCUUGAUUAGUAUAUUUCCAAGAUAUAGCUAGGCUACGUACAGUAAUUCACUUGAUCGCGGGUGAUCAACUUCGAAGAAAGAAAACACUUUGGAAUGUAUCGUCAGCAUGCAAAGUCUUUGACCCCAGGUGUGAAGCAGCUAGCUGACCUAGCUGAACACUAGGUGGGCCUACGUUUUGGGGAAAAUGCUCUCCAGCGUUGAGGUGCCCCCAAACCGCCCUGUUGCCAGCAACCACCACAACAGUCCCGGAAACUCAGGUUCCCAGUAUGCCUUGUGUGCCCUGGGGGUGGGACUGGUGGCCCUGGGCAUUGUCAUGAUCGUAUGGAGUGUGGUGCCCUCCGACAUGGCCGGAAACAACAGCAGUGGCACCGGAGGAGGGAACCCGAAACCGGACACUAGGGGGAGGACUUCAUCGGUGGCCUUUGUACUGGUUGGGGCUGGAGUAGCCAUGCUCCUGCUGUCCCUGUGCCUGGGGAUGAGGAACAAGCAGCGGGAGCAGCAGGUGCUCCUAGAGGCCCAGACUCUGGGGGCAGGCAACGUAGCUACCAGUGAGGACGACGGAGAGACGGCAGAGGAGCGAGCCCAGAGGUACACUGUGCCCAGCUACGAGGAGGUGGUAGGCAGCGGCGAGUACCCCAUACGCCAGAGCAACUUGCGCCACAGCUCCUCCCAGCUGCCCUCCUACGACGACCUGGUGGACGGUGUGCAGAUGGAGCUGGAAGGGUCAGAUGUCACCCAGACGACACCCGCUUCCACUAACCCUGCCUCCUCUGCUGUGCCUAACCGCCGCACUGGGCGAACGGGCCUCAAGCUCCUUCCCCUUAAGAUCCGGAGGAUUAAAUCGGAGAAGCUCUUUAUGAAUAACACGGAUAACUCUCAGUCACCGGGAGGGAUCACUAUUGAGCCGCUCACUCCGCCACCAAUGUAUGAGGACAAAGCACCCCAGCUCUGAGACUUGGCACCUUCUAGGUUUCAAAGCAGGUUACUGAAGCCGCUGUGUCCCACGAGGCGUGAAUUGGUUGUGCUGUGCUACUAUAGAUGUGAUCAGAUGGCCCUUGUCAUGCAUCUGUGGUUAAAUCAUCUCGAUGGCACUUGUCAUGCCUACCUGGCUGAGGACUUUUCUUUAGACCUGCAACUCAAGCGCAGUGAGUACUGUUCCAUACAUGGGGCACUGGCAUUUGAGUAGAUCUUUGGGGCAACUCUAAUGUUGCUGGACAGAGGGAACACCUGGACAGAGAGUACACAUCCAAUUUCCGACUAUGAUUACAAGGACAUUGAAGCUUGGUUCAAAGGAUCAAUAUUAUUGGGGGAAAUUCUCGGCAUGUCUUUGAUGCCUAUUUUUCUUUUACAACGAGUACUCAGUCUGGUCCAAAUCUUCUUUGUAUGCAGUUGACCAUAUUUUAUUUUCCUCUGUCUGCUAUAUUAUUUCAAGUUCCGUCUUCAUCCUCAGUCUAGUCGUGUUAUAGAUGUAUUAUUCAUGUCUGAGUUUUGUAUUCUAUUCUGUACAGCUACUUAGACAGCUGCUCUUCACAUUUUGGGAGAAGUGCUAUUUGGCGACUCAAUGACCACCUUACUCAGACAGUGUUUGUGUGUUGCUGCCUGUGUUGCUCGUCAAUAGAGGACAAUUGAGUGAGACCGAGGCUCAUGGGUAGUUAGAAGCCUUUGCCCUGUAGCCAUGGUGAAAUGGGGUUGGGCUCUGAAGGCAGUAGUGUAGUCCAGCUCCUUUUCUUUUCCUUUUUUUUUUAAUUUUUUUGCUCAAUAGAGGAGAACACAAGGGGGACUUUCUCUGAGCAGCUGGGAGCUGGGAUAAUGGCACCCAUUGCUCACUCACUCAUCACUCUUGAACUAUUCUUCACUAGCUCCUUGACUGGCAGCACUUUCAUAGGAGUAUUCAGAGAAUGAACUUCUGGUGUCCAUGGUUUGACCCCAAUUUUGUUUGGUGGAGCGAAAAUACAUCAGUACCUUUAUCUCUCUAGCCUGUUUGUUUUAUGCUUAUGAGAGUAUGGAAAUUAGCGAGUCCAUGAAGUGUUUGGAAGUGAAGAAUGUUAUUUUCUUAUCAUACGGAUACUAUUUUCUGAUGUCAUGUUGAUGAACCUGUUCAGCAACUAUUCACUACUUUUUAGAUGGGAACACAAAUUGUACACAACAGUAGCCUUUUUUUGUGUAACUGAACACUUAAUAAACUAGCAAAUGCAUACCUAUGCACACAGAACAAGAAUAGGCUUUUUAAUUGGAAUUGAAUUGCUGAAUUACUAUGCUAAACAAAAAUAUAAAUGUAAAGUGUUGGUGCCAUGUUUCAUGACCUGAAACAAAAGCUCCCAGAAAUGUUUCAUAUGCACAAAAAGCAUACUUCUCUCAUUUUCUGAACAAAUUUGUUUACAUCCCUGUUAGUGAGCAUUUCUCCUUUGCCAAGAUAAUCCAUCCACCUGCCAGGUGUGGCAUAUCAAGAAGAUGAUUAAACAGCAUAGUUAUUACACAGGUGCACCUUGUGCUGGGGGUGAAAUAAAAGGCCACUCUAAAAUGUGCCAUUUUGUCACACAACACAAUGCCUUAGAUGUUACAUUUUGAGGGAGUGUGCAAUUGUCAUGCUGCCUGCAGGAAUGUCCUUUAGAACUGUUGCCAGAAUUUAAAUGUUAAUUUCUCUACCAUAAGCUGCCUCCAAUGUUGUUUUAGAUAACUGGCCUCAACCACAGACUACAUGUAAUCACGCCAGCCCAGGACCUCCACAUCUUUGCCGAAGAGUAUUUCUGUCUUUAAUAAAUCCCUUUUUGUGGGGAAAAACUCAUGAUUGGCUGGGCCUGGCUCCCAAGUGGGUGGGCCUAUGCCCUCCCAGGCUCACCCAUUGCUGCUCCCCUGCCCAGUUGUGAAAUCUGUAGAUUAGGGCCUAAUGAAUUUAUUUCAAUUAACUGAUUUCCUUAUGAACACUAACUCAGUAAAAUCUCUGAAAUUGUUGCGUUUUUAUAUUUUUGUUCAGUACAGUUUAUACAUGUAAAAUAGCAUGCACAUCAUGUAGAUUUUAGUUUUAUACAUUGAUUUUGUACAAUAUUGUCGACUGUAUUUGUAGUUGUCAUGCCUAGGCAGUGCUCUGUGUGGGGGUGACCAGUUUUGGCUGUGAGGAAUCCAUGGCUUCAUACCAUGUUCUGUACUUAUGGGGCCACUACACUCUAAAAUGAAAGUUUAUCAGAUGUUUUCAAACCUCAAAAGAAGCAUUAUAUUACGCAACGUACACAUCCCAAUCCAUUGGUUUUGUAGAUCCAACGAUAAUGUCACAACCCCAAAUGAAUGAUUAAAAAUGAGCACCAGAUAUGCUUAUCUGUUUAUGAAUGAAAAAUUGUGCCCAUUGUGCUCAUCUUUUCCAUUCAUAAACCAAUCAGCAUCAAGAUAAGCACCAUGGUGUCAAUCUGUAUAUGAAUGGAAAAGAUGAUGUGUUCAUCUUUUCCAUUCAUUUGGGAUUGAGGAAUACAGCUGUAUCUAUACAAUCAGUGGUGAUCCACCUUCACAUUAGACUUCUUUUGAGGUAUUAAAAACAUCUAACAAACUUUUGGAGUGUAUUUCCCAUUUUAAGAAUAUUCUUAUGUGGAACAAACAUUGUUCAUGAGUUCAAUGGACUUUUCUCUCAACCAACUGUAUGUAUAACAACAUUUAUUCACAUUUCAAAUACUUAGCAUUAUUUGUAUUCUACAUGAUUGGCUUGUAUAACUAAAUUUCCUUUUGUAUGUAUUGUGAAAGUAUGUUUUUGUAUGAGGAGCUCAGAAUAAUACAUUACUGUGUACAGUAAAGAAGUUGAGUAUGAAUAAUGUAAAAAAUAAAUUCAAACUAUUCCGA